GCCCCGCCCUGCCCAGGGCCCGCCCCACCCGGCCGCCCCGCCCACUCCCCUUGGCCGGGCUGGGAGCCUAGGAGGCAGGGGCAGGCGCCGCCGCCGCCCGAGCACCCGCCAUGCCCGCUGCUCCUGCCUCCUCGCUGCUCCAGCUGCUGCUCCUGCUGGGGUCGCGGCUGGCGGCUGCGGGCAUCGCCGAGGCACCGCUGCCCGCCGUGGUUCUUGCCAUCCUGGCCCGCAAUGCUGAGCAUUCACUGCCCCACUACCUAGGCGCACUGGAGCGGCUGGACUACCCCCGGGCCAGGCUGGCCCUCUGGUGUGCCACAGACCACAAUGUGGACAAUACCACGGAGAUGCUGCAGGAAUGGCUGGCUGCUGUGGGCAACGACUAUGCAGCCGUGGUCUGGAGGCCUGAGGGGGAGCCCAGGUCCUAUCCAGACGAAGAGAGUCCCAAGCACUGGACCAAAGAACGGCAUCAGUUUCUGAUGGAGUUGAAGCAGGAAGCCCUGACCUUUGCCAGGGACUGGGGGGCUGACUAUAUCCUGUUUGCAGACACAGACAACAUUUUGACCAACAACCAGACGCUGAAGCUUCUGAUAGAGCAGGGGUUGCCUGUGGUGGCUCCAAUGCUGGACUCCCAGACCUACUACUCCAACUUUUGGUGUGGGAUCACUCCCCAGGGCUACUACCGCCGCACAGCCGAAUACUUCCCCACCAAGAACCGCCAGCGCCGCGGCUGCUUCCGUGUCCCCAUGGUCCAUUCCACCUUCCUGGUGGCCCUGUGGGCUGAGGGGGCAGCUCAGCUCACCUUCUACCCUCCUCACCCCAACUACACCUGGCCCUUUGAUGACAUCAUUGUCUUCGCCUACGCCUGUCAGGCAGCUGGGGUCUCGGUCCAUGUCUGCAACCAGCACCGUUAUGGGUACAUGAAUGUUCCUGUGAAAUCCCACCAAGGGCUGGAGGACGAGAGGGUCAACUUCAUCCACCUGAUCUUGGAAGCACUUGUGGAUGGGCCCCCCAUGCAGGCCUCGGCUCAUGUGUUCCGGCCCCCAAAGAGACCCAGCAAGAUGGGGUUUGAUGAGGUCUUUGUCAUCAGCCUGGCCCGCCGGCCUGACCGCCGUGAGCGCAUGCUGAACUCGCUCUGGGAGAUGGAGAUCUCUGGGCGGGUGGUGGAUGCUGUGGAUGGCCGGACCCUCAACAGCAGUGUCAUCGGGAGCCUUGGCGUGGACCUGCUUCCUGGCUACCAGGACCCCUACUCAGGCCGCACGCUGACCAAGGGCGAGGUGGGCUGUUUCCUCAGCCACUACUCCAUCUGGGAGGAGGUGGUUGCCAGGGGCCUGGCCCAGGUCGUAGUGUUUGAGGAUGACGUGCGCUUUCAGAGCAACUUCAAGCGGCGGUUGGAGCGGCUGAUGGAAGGGGUGGAGGCAGAGAAGCUUCCAUGGGACCUGAUCUACCUCGGCCGGAAGCAGGUGAACCCUGAGGAGGAGGCAGUCGUGGAGGGGCUGCCGCACCUGGUGGUGGCUGGGUACUCCUACUGGACGCUGGCAUAUGCCCUGAGCCUGACAGGGGCCCGCAAGCUGCUGGCCUCCCAGCCCUUGCGCCGGAUGCUGCCCGUGGAUGAGUUCCUGCCCAUCAUGUUUGACCAGCACCCCAACCAAAAGUACAAGGCACACUUCUGGCCACGGGACUUGCGGGCCUUCUCAGCCCGACCCCUGCUUGCUGCUCCCACCCACUAUGCGGGGGAUGAGGGGUGGCUCAGUGACACAGAGACAUCCUCCCUCUGGGAUGACGACAGUGGCCGUCUCAUCACCUGGAGUGGCUCUCACAAGACCCUGCGGGACCCCCGCCUGGACCUGGUCGGCAGCAGCGGGCACAGUCUCCAUCCCCACCCCCGGGACGAGCUCUAGGU